GGACAAAAUUAGUAACUAAUUGGAAGGAUAAAGAACCCCCAAAUCAAUUUUGCAGCGCAUGAUCUUAGGGUUAGAGAUCUGAACAUGGCGUUCUUAAUGGGGAAUUUCGUCCACGUCACUGUAGCUGCAACGAAACUCCAUUACCGACUGUUUCUCAUCCCGUGGGUAAGAAGGAACAACUUCAUAAGUUGCUGCGCGAAGGCAAGAGAUUACAGCAGCGCUUUUCCAGUGAAAUACAUACCCAGGGGAUCUUCAAUAAACGAAGAAAAUGUAGCUGCUUCUUUGCCUGUGAGGUGUUUGAAGAAAAGUCACAAUGGGCAUGAGUUGAGUGUGAAAGCAGUUGUUGAUUUUUCCAAGAAUUUAGACGAAGAAGUUGAUGGAGAUUUUGUGGCUCUGAUUGAUGAUUUCGUUGAAGAGCCUGACAAGAUUGUUGAAGAUAGUAGUAAAAAAUGCAGCGGAAUGCAGUCGAGCGAUGUGGAGAAGUCGGCGAUUAAGUUACUUGGUUCCAGAGCAUACACGGCUCUGGAGCUGAAAAAGAAACUACAAGGAAAAAGGUUUCCGAUCGAAAUUAUCGAUGCAGUGAUAACAGACUUCCAGAGCAGGGGUCUGAUUAAUGACUGCCUAUACGCGGAAAGCUAUUCUCGAUCUAGAUGGUCUUCCUCAAGCUGGGGCCCUCGACGAAUCAGACAAGCACUAUUCAAGAAAGGGAUAAGUCAAGUAGACGCCGAGAAGGCAAUAAAACUCGUGUUUGAGAAUAAGAGUGAAGAGGGCGAAGAUGAGGAUGAGGAUAAAGGAAUUGCUAUGUCGAAAAUAUCGAUCGAUCAGUUAUAUCUACAGGCUUCGAAGCAAUGGCAGAGAAGUAGUGGGGCAUCUCAAGAAACACGGAAAUCGAGAAUGGUGCGUUGGCUUCAGUACCGCGGUUUUAGUUGGAGCGUAGUUGCGUUUGUAUUGAAGAAACUGGAAUCUGGUGAUAGAUAGAUAGAUAGAUAGAUAGAUGAAUGAAUGAGUAUGUGGCAUUUUGUCAGUCUUAAUUAAGUGGUGUAGCCUGGACUGGUCAAAAUGCAGCUUAAAUACAUGUAGUAAAUGAUGAAAGGAACCUUUGGGAGGAGUGUUGCAUUCUGGUUGUUGAAUGCCAUUUCUGUGUUUCAGUGCCGUAACAUGUGCGGUGGUGGCAUCUUCGUUUCGUAUUUAUUGUCCGAAAUGUUUUUUUUUUCUGACGAUGAUGCCCAUAAAUACGGGUAGAAAUCAGACGAAUGGGAUCGGAAUCAUAACUUUUUUUCU